AUGGAGGAACCUUUACCCGGGAUCACUCCCAUCAACUGUUACAAUGUCGAAAAAGGUAAAUUAAGUGCAUCGGUGAAGUGGUUAAUUGGACGUGUUUACGGAAGUGCAGCUCCUGACCUUUUAGUAAAACCAAUCAAAGAGAACACCAAUAAUACCUUCCAGCUAGAAACAGCUGUAAUGACGGGUUUAACCAAUGCAUCAUUGUACAGUAAUGCUGCUGCUAAAAUAUUCAAGGAUCAAAGUCUUCUUAAUAAGCCACAUAGUGUUGUACUUCGAGCUUUGACAAAUCAUUCAAUUCCAAUCACAGUAUCCGGCGAAGAAUCAGAUAUCAGCGAGGCAAUGUUGUCAACAGUUCAACCUUUUCAUCAGGCUGCCCAUUUGGCAAUAAUGGAUUCGUUAAUGAUUGCACACAUGCGAUCCAUCAUUACGAUUGAUAAAGUGGUAGAAGCUGUACAGAAUUACACGACAGUUGACAAACGCGAAGAACCAAUGGAUAGUGUUGAUGCAUUGUUGUUUUGGAUCAAUAAAAUUUGUUUACUAGUACGAGAUGAUAUGGAAAAAUUUGCUGUAAUGAAUAAAAAUUCUAGAGAACAGUAUGGAUCAGUGGUAGUACCCGAAAUGGAAGAUCUCUAUGAGGAUAUGUGUGAUGGCGCUUGCAUUUGCGCACUUGUUGGAUUUUAUCGACCCAAUGAAAUGAUUUUGCGAGACAUUUGUUUCAACGAUCCAAUGAGCCUUGCUGAUUGCCAGUACAAUUUAACACUUCUUAGGAAGUUCUGUUCUCAUCUUCCAUGGAAUCCAUUUCAUUUCGAAAUUGAAGAUAUUUUAUAUCUUCAUGAAAGUUUACAGCCAAAUGUAAACGCUUUUUUAGCUGAUCUUUUUCAAAUUUUCGAAGGAGAUGGAGUAAUAAAUGCUCCAAGUCCUAUUGAGGCAUCAACUACUCCCAUACGUGCAAGAUAUUUUGUACCAGUAAAUGGAAUACCUGAUUUGCGAUCUCAAGCUGCUCCAAACAAGACACUUAAUCAAUUUAGAUCUCGUUUUCAACCUGAAAUAUCACGAACAUUUUCUGCGAUGUCUUCAGAUUCACUGAUGACCACUCGUUCGGGCGAAUCAGGGAAACAUCAUUAUCAGAAGAAUUUUGCUGGUUCUAAAACCAAUUUUGGUGAACUGACACAGUGUGGCGAUCAUGUCAGUGGUAUGGGUAGUUUUUCGCAGAGAGGAACAUACCUUCGUAGUGAUUCAAUGCCAGCUGCAAGUAUACGUUUGGCAUUGGAAGAAAAGCGACGUGAACAUGAAAAAAGACGUUAUUUGGAAACGAAUCAGAGUGAAUCAGAGCGCGCACAGAAACAGAAAGAUGCAUUUUUCACGCUUAUGCAACGCUUGGAAAAAGGUUCUGAUGCACGAUCACGUGCAGCAAGUGAAAUAGGCAGCUCUCAAACAUACCAAUCACAAGAAUUAUCUUUUUUAAAGGAAACUGUACAGGAUUUAAAGAAACGACUGCAAGAGAUGUCGGUGCAGCAGGAAAAUUUAAGUCGCCAGGUAGACGAACAACGUCAAAUGACACAUGCCAUUUCUCAACCUGCCAUCCAUACAGAAUUUGGUCCGAUAAAUGAACCAAAUCAUGUGCUUAAUAGUUCUUAUGCAACUUUACCGCAUAAUGCAAUAAAAUCGAUGCAUCAAACACAGCAACAUACGUACGCGACACCUUACAUGGCCCCUGUAGAACCGCAGUUAUUUGGACAGCCUACGCAUCAUUCACCAGAUAAAAAUCAGUCGUUCCCUAUGCAUUCACUGCAGAUGCCUCUGAAUGGAUACUCCAGUCAACCGGACUAUCAAUCGACAGUGCCUAUUUAUGCAUCGCAUGUUAUUCCUAAUUCUCAACUAUCAACACCACAGUAUCAACUAAGCCUGGAUGGUACAUAUGUUUUGCAUUCACAGGAUGCUGGUAUGAAUCCUGUUGUUGGUUCACCGUUUAUGCUUACUAAUGCUGUCGCUAAUUCCACUGCGGUUGCAAACAAUACAUUUCGACUUCAUCGGAAUGAUGCAUCAUCGAGUCGUUUGGAUCCAUCACUUGAGAUAAAUCGUAAUUUGACUAACUGGGGACUCUCCUAUAAAGCUGGACAGACGAUGCGACCACAAAGGCGUACUUGGGACAAUAGAACAUUUGUAAAAAGUGAAAUGGAUUUAUCGAAUCAACCUGAAUUUCCACCAGGAGUUCCUUCACAUCUGCAAAAUCAGUCGUCGGGAGCAUCUGAAAAUGUAGACCUUGUCAAAAUGCCCGAAUCCAUAUCCUUGCAGCAAAGAGAAUCCAAUGUACUACAACAUUUGCAGCAAACUGAUUUUGAUCCUUACACUAAGCAGAAGGAGGAUGACAAACCUGGACAUCAACAGAGUCCACCAAAAGAUCCUAUUUCAUCUACAAAUGCCGAUGUACCUCUUUCACAAAUCAAUCGAAAGCUUUCAUCUACACGUGCUUCACAAUUUAUUGUCGAUGAUGCAGCCGAUAAGCCUGUCAUCAGCGUGACUCCUGAAAUGGAAGCAAAACGUGAAGCACUGUUAGCGAAAACCUUACGACGCCGUGAACAAAUUGAGCAAAAAGUAGGAGAAAUUGAAGCUAAAAAUGCCGAACGAAGACAGGCUGAAUUAGAAAGGCAGGAAGCUGCUGAACAACGGAAGCGUGAACGCGAAUUACAACGGCAGAGAAUAUUAGAUGAAUACAAGCGUAAAAAGAUGGAAAAAGAGUUGGAAAAUAAUGAAAUAUCUAAUGGUCGAGGAUAUAGUCAACCGCCUUUAACACCGCGACCAAAAAGCACGAUGGAAGGAAUGAAUCUACGAACGAAACGUUCAGGCCGACCGCAAAGUAGCUUCGAAGAAAGCACUGCACCGUCAUCAGCUCGUAUUCCCGUACCAAGUACUGCUGAACCAACAUUGAAACUCUUUUCGAAAUAUGUUCAUAAAUCGAAUCGAUCAAUGAUUAUAAAUGCUCUGCAAUAUUCGGUGUUUCCUGGAAGUGUUUGGGAUAAACAGCGUGCUGAAGUGCUUGGUGAACUGGCAAAAAGUGACAGUAAACAUUUCCUUUUGCUGUUUCGGGAUCAAAAAUGUCGCUAUUUAGGUGCAUAUAGCUGGGAUCAACAGUCGGAUACUGCUCAUCGCAUUCACGGAAGAGGCCCCAAUAUUUGCCAUGAAUCGAUGAUGCACCUUAUGUUUAAAUAUGAUUCGGGUGCGAAGAAAUUUUCACAGAUACCAACAAAACAUCUUUCGGCGACGAUUGAUGGUUUCACAUUACAAGAUCAAUAUAUGCAGGGUCCGAAAAUUCCACACAGUAAUAGUAUUAGCAGGUAG